AUUAUUUCUACGCGUGGACGGUUUGAAAUAAACACUGGAGACUACAACAUUACGUGUAGACGUGUAGUAGACACAGAUUUAAAUCUAUUUAUGUAAUCUUAAUCAAUUAGGAUUAUCUGGAUUAUCACAAAUCGAACGCAUUGUCCAAAACGGGCAUUUGUCAAUAGUAUAACAUUUAUAGGUAUAGGUAUAGGUAUAGGUACCAGUACAACGUACGUGUUGUUUGAUUGUGGUAUUUUUUAAUUAAAAGAAAAACAGCCAUUCAAAAAUGGUAGCAACGGAGAUACAAACGGGAUUUUCUGGACUAGAACCCCAAUAUUCGUGGGAUGAAGCUGUGCCAGUACCAAGGGUGAAAAGGGAAGCUGAGGAAAAUUAUAUAAAGGGAAGGGGUUCAAUGAAAGAAUGUGCUUUUACAGAAACUAGGCAACCAUACACACCACGUUCCAGGGCCCCGCAGGUAAAACCAAGAUGUCCCACCAGAGAAUCAAAGGAAAACUACGAAUUGAAUACGAAGGGCAGUUUUUAUAGGUUACUGAAUGGAGAACCCACGCCACGACCCAAAACAGCACCAUGUUCCCGUGUUAAAUCGGAAGGGCAAGAAACGGCGAGUCUUAGUAGGGGAGGGCGUAUGAAAUCAAUUGUCAACGAAUAUGGAAAUUAUCGGCCAACGCCUAGAGUCGCUAGAGUGAAAUACGAAGGAAAGGAUAAUUCCACGGUACACAAAGGUGGUCGAAUGAAUACAAUCCUUACCAAAUAUGGACAAGGAACAGACAAUAGUGCAGUGCCAAGAAUCAGUCGUUAUGGACAACAAAAUGCAGAUCUCGGAAAAGGAAAACGAAUGGGGGAAAUUUUGGAUCAAAACGCCUCAGGGAAAUACGUUGGCGAUCCCCAGUUGGGACCACGUGUUAAGAAAGAAGGCGAGGGUAACGCUUAUAUCGGCAAAGGUGUUCGUAUGCAGAAGAUUAUGACGAGUGUUAAACCAGAUUCACCCAGACCCGUCCCCAGAGUGAAAAAAGAAGCCGAAUCAAAUGCCGAGUUGGGCAAGGGUAUGCGAAUUUCGUAUAUUGUGCAUGAUAGUAAAAAGCUGCCUGAAACACCGACCAAUGCUCGAGGAGUGCGAUCAACGGAAGCUAAACGAAUUCAGCAAUUUAGCCGUGGACUUGUGGGUAAAAUGAUGCAGGACGCUGCCAAAAAAGCUAUCGUGUAUAAACCAGGUAUGCAAAGUCCACAUUACGAUAUUGCUCCUACAUAUCCAACCUACCCAAAAUAUUAGAUACGAAUGCGCAAUAACUUGCACGCACAGAAGUAAUUAAUAUCAACAAAUCCUGUGAAAACAGGGAAAUUAUGUCGAACUGUGUUAGAGUUUGGAAGUUGUACAUUGUUUUUUAAGUUUCUAAAUUCUAUUUUUCUAGGAAGGGUAUAAGUAUAAUGAUAUUCUUUUAAUAAUUCGUUUAUUGUUUUGUACAAUAUACUGAAAUGAAUUGUAAGAACAUUUCUUUCAAACAAUGGUUUGAGAUAUUUAGAAUGUUGAAGUUAGAUACCAUCAUAACAGUACUUUCAAGGGAAUGAAAGAUGUCAUAUAAUAGGGCUAUCGCAGUUCCUUUAGGGGGUGAUCAUUUCAGAAAUUAUUCAUCUAGUAUCGAAUUUUUAAUUUUUGGACCAGGAACUAGGUCGCAAACGCUAGUGCUACUCAACUUGUUGUUCUUAGGGGCGUCGCUCUUCGAAAAAAGCCUAAUUACGAUCGACAUGAAAAUUGGCAUGCUUGUUAAUUGGACACCCGGUUCCUGGUACAUAGAACGCUCUUACUUAGUUUUUUCAUUUUACAUUCUGUAGUUUCGAAUUUACAAUUCAUCAGUUUUCAUUUUUUUUGUACAUUUGAUAAUUUUCUCAGUCAGUUUUGAAUAGAAAUUUUGUAGUUUAGAAUUUUAAGAUAAUUUUUGUCAUUUUAUAUCUUUUUCGUACGUUAAGAAUAUAGAGAGAUAUUUUUAUUUCGAAUUUAAUAUUCAUCCGUUUUUAUUUUCUUUGUUUUGUACAUUUUGAUAAUUUUCGCAGCCAUUUUGAAAUAUAGAGAUAUUAUUUAGAAUAGAUCAGUUUUGAUUAUUUUAGUGUUUUGUACAUUUGAUAAUUUACUCAUCAGUUCGGAAUGUUGACAUCACUUUUUAAAUGAUAUUGUGAUUCCAUUUAAUGAUAUAAAUUUCACACCUAACCCAGAGUAUAAAAUUUAAUUUGUUGUGUGACACAGAAUUAUUAGUGACACAGCUGUGCUUAUAAAGGCCAUUCCAUUGAGUGUCAGAUCAAUAAUUUUAACAGGUAUGUGUGGAAAAUUCUCGUCUAGAUCGGGUUGACAUUAACGUGAAGUAUGAAGUAUUUUUUAAACAAUUAAAUCUUUAUUUCAUGCCUUAUAUGUACAUUUAUUCAUUAAGUCAAUAUGCAAUUUUAUCAUGGCAUUUUGUAAAUCAUUACGCCGCGAUAUGUUAAAGUCUUCCCUUAUAGUUAGGGUUAAUUGAUGACACCAUCCAUAUACAUGAUUCAUCUCAUAUUUUAUUUUGGAUAUAGAACAUGUUUGUUUCCUUUAAAUAAGGUGCCUAUCUUUUGUAAUAUAUCCGGGAAAACUUGAGUUUAAUACUCAAGUAGCCUGUGUGCUUUGUAUAGAUUUUUCGUUUUUCGUUUGUUGGUCGUUUGUAGAUUACUAUAUAAGCACUUUGCAGGUUUUUAAUGUUUUAGAAUGUUUCUGGUGUACCUGAUCAGCAUAAUAUAUUGUAAAUGUAAAAUAAUUGUGCAUAUGGCUUACAUGCAUUAACUAAUAAAAUGGAGAUUAAAAUGUA